AUGCCAAACCAAAAUCUUUCUGAACUAGAUAAAGAAUAUGAUCUGCGAGUAACUGGAGCAUUCAAGAUCGGUCGAUCUCCGCUUUGUAACUUAACAGUAAGCGACAGUCAUGUUAGCAAAGUUCACUGUAGUUUGAAAGUCUGCAACCAGACUGAGCUUGAUUUGAGGUAAAGUUCUAUGUGUGUGUAUGUAUGUGUGUGCUGGAAUGGUGUUUUGGUUUGUUUUGUUUAUGUACAGUAAAAAAGGAUUUUAUUUUAUCGGCCUUAAUAAUCGCCGACAUUUCUGAACAACUUAUAACAAGUAAGCACGAACUGGUGUUACUUCCGGUUUACAAUUGGCACCAAGUACUAGCCAGCUCUGCGAUAAGGUUAUUUGAUUGCAGUUAUCAUGUACCAGGGUUCAAUUUUUGUCUCGUAAAACAAAUUCAAGAUGAACACGAGAAAACAGCUGACAUUUCACAAUGCCACUACAACAAUUAUGCAGAAAUUCCAUACUGAAGACGUGUCACUUCCCGGCAGUGCUUUUGAUUGGCUAAAAUUUACUUCAUCCAAUGAGAGGCACUACGCAGAUUAGGGAGGAGAUGUGUCAUCAGCAUGGAAUCUCUGUGCUCAUUUUCAGACGUCAUUUUUGCAGAGAAACCAGUGUUAGAGUCGUGACAUGUCAGAAUGAUUCUUAUCGAUAAAACUGGCAUAAAACUACUUUUGUGUAGAAGCAAUAAACAGUAAACUAAAAAUAGGGGGAAAACUUGGUUGUGUAGUACAGAUUCAUGUUUGCCAAUUGAUAUAAAUGUGAAUCUUAAUCUCUCUAAUAUUCCCAAACUGGUCCCUGAAAAGAGUUAACAAUAAUGGAAGAAUAUAUUGUAAUCAUUCUGCUGCUGCAACCUAUCAUAUUUUUGUGUUGCAAUAUUAAUUACUGCUGAUGAAUAAAUGUAGCCCACUUUACUUUUCAACAAAGAGGGUACCUCAGGUGGUGCUAUCAGAUCUCUGUAGUGUCAUCUUAUUGCCCAAUAAUCAUCUGAACUGAGGCCAGGCCUAAUCACUGCCAGUUUGAACUUAUCCUUUGAUGAAAUGAUGCUGGCUGGUUGUCAGACUAAAUUGGUGGGAAGAACAUUGUGGUUUUUCUUAGUAGCUUAUGGACAUUAAAAUAUAUAGAUUUAGCCAGGGCUAAAAGCGAAGCUCUGGUUAAUAAUACGUGUAAACAAAAAAAUUAAAUCGUGUAAUACUAAACGGAGGACAACAGUGAAAAUGGCUUCAAGACUAAUAGAUCUAAUUAGCAAAAAAACAAAUUGCACGUGCAGCACACUUUUUCUUCUAAUUAGCAAAAAACAAAUUUGCACGUGCAGCACGCUUUUUUGUCUUUCCCUUGCCGUUGUUUUGCACGACUACAACGCUGUUUUGUACGACUAAAACGUCAAACUUCCUAGUUGCACACUAUUUUUAUCCAGAAAUUGUCGUAUGUGCUUACCCAAUAUUUUGUUUCCAGUGUUCAUGUUCGCUUUUAAUUUUCACUGCUGCUCAUUUUCACCUUGCUGGGCGCUAACAUUUCUCAUUUUCUCAGCGCCGCUUUGAAUUAUCAUGUUUUUCUUCCUUCGAAUUUUUAAUAAUAGCUCUGGCUGUUAUGUAGUGUACAUAAAAAAUAACGCCGAAAAAAGACACGACUUUUUCUCUCUAAAAGUCUGGGCGGCCAUGUGAUUUCCUUCCAAAUAAAACCUUGAGUUGCAUUUGGGUUCCCAUACCUGUUGAUUGAGUUAUUUUACAUUGGGGACGGGUCACGUGAUUACCAAAUUUUCUGGGAUGGGUAGACAAAGUCAUUAAAUAAAGCUAUGCUAACUGUCAGUAUAAUUUACUUGAGACUUUACUAAGGUUCCAGUUCCACUUCAAACCUCAUGCUCUUUCUAAUUUUUAUUAAAAUGUGAAUAGUUUUAUUUUUUUGGCAGUGUUUGUCCAAAAGUGAAAGUCUUUAUUACAGACCACAGCUCAAAUGGGACCUGGAUUGUCUCUGAAACUAGCAAUGCAAAAACAAGACUACAGAAGGAAAUGCCCACUCAACUGAACGAAGGAGACCUUAUUUUGCUGACUCGUUCCACUGAUACAAACCAUGAUGUCAUUGCCUAUAAGUAUAAUCAGUCUCCAUUCCCACGAGUUAUGAAAAGCAUUUACAGACCAGCAGAAUACUUAAUUCAAGGAACUGAGGAUUUGCAUCAAAGUAAGAAAAUAGACGUUGUAAUCUGUGAGGAAACAGAAAAACCUAUUGCCAGUGUAAAAGAGGAUCAUAGUGAGUCAGAAGCUGUGGUUUUAAACAAGACUCUGACUGAAGGGUGUUUGCGUAAUGAUGAACCUUUGACCAAGAAUUGUAUUGAAUGUGGCGAUCUCAAACAUACAGGCAAAGGCAUCGAGAUUCAUACACAGAACUUUGGAGGUUUAAACAAUAAUGGAAAUGUAGGCAACACAACUACUACUUAUAAACCAGCCCAUUUAGAUCAAAAUGUUUCAAGUCUAAAACAAGACGACAAAAAGUCUCCCAAUUUAAAAAGGAAAAGCGAAUCUGGUGAUGACUUUGUUUUGACGAGGAAGGUGAGGUUUAAGGAGCAAAUGGAAGAGCAUUUUGAGCAACCAGAAUCUUACAUUGGAAGCCCUUUUAAAAAUGGAGAAAAGGGCAUUGAAAACUUUAAUAUCCAAGCAGAGUUCAAAUCUAGUAAAUAUUAUACUUGCUCCGAUGGAAUUGGCAAAAGGAGUUCUUCUCCAUUUACGAACACUACAUGUACUUCUACCCAUGAUAAUAUAAUACAAAAAAAUCGUGGUAAAGGUGAAGUCAAACCCUGUACUAACUAUUCAGUGGCAAAGAAACCAUUAAGCCCCUGUAAUCCGUUGUCUUACGAGAGCCCGUCAGAGUUGUCAAAAUUUAUGGAAGUUACAGAGAAACAUGAUUCUUCGUGUAUGAAUGUUGAACAUCGUAGCAAUGCAAGUGGUUCCGAAGGAUUAGCAGAUGACAUUAAAAGUGGAGACAAUUGCAUGGAAAACCUUGAAAACCAUGUGGAAGACAUAAUUACUGGCCAUAGAGAUAGUUAUAUUGGCUUCGAUAUUAUUGGCAAAGGGAGUACCACUCCGCUGACAUCCUCUCAACAAAACUCUUAUACCAGUGAUAACGGAAUACAGAAAAUAUGUGCUAAAGAUGAAGUCAAACCCUGUGCCACCACUUCAUUGGCAAUGAAAGCGACAAGCCAGUGUGACCAGUUACCUUCUGAAAGCCCAUCAGAGUCAGGAAAAGAGAAACACAAUUCUCCGUUUGCAGAUGGCAUUCCCAUCUUGUUGCCAGCGUCCUCUUCCACUCAGCCCCCUGGGAACGAGGUUGAUGACAUUCUAUAUGGUAAUUGCGUUCAGUGUGGUAAGCCGAUACCACAAGUUACCAUUUCCUUGCAUGAAACAGUUUGUGAAGGCCUCAGUCAGGAGGCUAAAAGUCAAGAUCAUGUGUCAUUAUCAUCGCUUCAACUUGAAAGUUGUUUGCCUGGAGAUCAUGUGAGGAUUUGCGAUGCUGGAAACGCUGAGAGAAAGGAAGACAGUGGUGUUCAAGACGACAUUGAAUGCGUUGAGGAAAACGAGCAGCUGAAUGAGACAAAUGGGCAAACAGAUAACAAAAGUGAUAAUCCUGACGAAAAAGUGAGUGAAGUAAGCGAGGAGAGCGGUAGUGAAACUUAUAGAUCUUUUCCACGUACAUGUGAGUCUAAAGAGGAUUUAGGUAAUUGUGUUUGGUCUAAGAUCAACGACAAACGCGCUGAUACAAGCUGCACAUCCGGAAACAUCGAAGGAAAUAUCGAAGAAACAUUUUCAGGCUCAACAGAGCAGAAUGAGCAAAACAGGUCCCUUGAAAGCGGCCCUGUAUUAGUCUCACUUGAUCGAAGUCAACCCACACUUGAGAAAGAAGAAUCCAAAGAAAGAUGCACGUUCUGCUCAGGUUUAUUUCCUGUACCGGAACUCGUUAUCCACGUUUCAACUUGCUCUAAGACUAGCGGCAUGGCAAGUACCGAUUCAGAGGACCCAGACAGUGUGAAAGAAGCCUGUCCUUAUUGUGCAAAUUACCUUGAUGUUUUAGCUCUUGUAGAACAUGUUGACCAAUGUAAGCACCUGUCAAUGAUAAAGGCUGUUGAAAUAUCGCGGGAAGAUUGCUCCCAAUCUUCUCUCUCUGACCCGGGCUCUGACUGUUCGUCCAGAAGCGAGGACGAUUCUCCGAUGGAAGAUAAAGAGCUCUGUCCAAAAUGCCAGGGAGAGUUUUGCUUGUUAGAACUAUUAAGCCAUGCUGAUAAAUGUCUAGGGGAAGUGCGCAAAUCUGGUUCUGGCUCAGAAUCUCUGCGAACAGAUAUUCGGGAACAUAUUAAUAGUGACGAUGUUCUUGAUCGUAAAAGAGAAAGUGAGAAAGGUGUCGAGAAAGAUUGUCCGUAUCGUGAGGGCAAAAGUAUUGAAAACCAUAGGUCGAUUGAAGAAGAAUGUGAUAAGAAAAACAGCAAAAGGUUUGUAAUCACCAGACCAGAUAAUGAAUAUAUCGAUGAAGACGGUUCCAAGCUUAGUAGAGGGGGAGAUGAUGAAGAUAGAGCUUAUAGUUAUGAAGUUAGACUCGUAAAAGAGGAUGAUGACAUCACACAUGGUGAUGAUGUCGGUGUUCAUAUCGAUGACGAAAACAACACCGGCAGAGAUGGUAAGGAUAAUACUGAAGAUGGAGAUGAUACUGAUGACUUCGCUCGCGGUCACCAUGACGUCCGUCUCGGUGACGACGAAAGCAGUGCCUACAUAGACGACGAAUUUGUUUCCUCUGAGGAUCCUUCGGGUGAUGGUGAACAUCUCCUUGCAAUGGAAACCAGCGAAGAUGACGCUGAUCUUGACCAAUUUGAAAUCUGCCCGAAGUGUCGUAAGCUAUUUCAUCUGUCUUUGUUGGUCGAACAUGCAGCUAAAUGUAGCGUAGUUUCACUAGACUUGCAAACAACCGGGGAAACAAAGACAGAAUUUUCUAACUCAACCACCCCAUCUGAGUCCUCUACAGCAGCUCCCAUUGUUUUCAGUGACUGCAGCGUCUGUGGAGUACGGUUGCCCGUACACAUGAUGGGUAUUCAUUAUCCCAGGUGUAAGAAGCGGCGUGCUUCAAAUAAGGGGAGUGAAUGCUCCAGCCAGUCUUCUGAAAGUGACCCUGCAGAUUUUACGGGGCAGACUGGUGUCCGCAUAGACAAUCUAACCAGCAGAGUAACGGUCGAGGAUGAAAAGGAUGAGGCACACCCAGGAUGUAAAUCCGGAGAGUGGCCAUCAUCAUUUGUGACUAAAGUGAUUAGCUCUACUGGUAGUAGCGAGAGAGAGGCAGGUAGAGUAGAAGGAAUUAGCUUAAAAAGAACAUUUUCCUCGCUGGAUUCAUAUCACAACUGCGAAGAACAGUGCAUCUACUGCUUUAAAAUGUUUGCUGUGAACGUUCUUGUAGAACAUGUCGAAGCCUGUGCAACGCUCAAUAAGGUAAGAUAUUUUUAUUUCCCUGAAAUAAUUCUUAGUUAAUAUCUAAAACAUGCCAGUGGAUAGUGCUUGUUGUGGCCAUUAGAGUAUCAGACUUGUAAUUCGGAGGUCCAAGUAGUACGUAUCGCUGACCGCGAGAUCACUGAGUGGAGGUCUUUCUUGUCAGUUGUUAUUGCAAGUUCAGCGUCUUCGCCAUUUGUGUAAAUAGCCUAUCGGUUUGCCUCCUCCUGUAGGUAUAGCCGUUAAUCUUCAGGCGUUGCUCUGGAUUUAGCAGGAUAAUUUUUACCGAAAUUUUUUGAGAGACAGCGUGGCCUAGUAGUCGGCGCAUCGGACUCCCAAUCCGUCUGUAUCGUGUUCGAGUUCUGUCCCCCGAAUUCAAAUAUUCGGUCACGCGUGUAAAUAGCCAACUUUUUGCCUCCUGCCAGUUGGGGAUUUUCAUCCUUUUAUGUUCGAUUUGGAUUAUUUGUUUAUAAUUAUUUGAGAAGGGUGCCUUUAAGUUACCUUUGAUGCUAAGUGCACUUUCGCUAUAAAUAAAUCUUUACGUACCUAAAUUUUACCUUUUGUCAAAUAUAGGCAUACCGAAGUUGGCUAUUGGCUUACUACCAGCAGCAAAAGGUUAAAACGUCGUGAUUCUCGGCUAAAUGAACGGACGAAGUCGCGAGAAAAUACCAUUACCGUAUUUUCUUUUCUAUAUACUAUAUUCCGAAAAAAAUAUAGAACAUACAUGGUGAGAAAAAAAUUCGGUUUUUAGGAAACAGCUUUCUCUUUAAUACAAUUAACAGUCAAGUAUCGAACUUUUGCAGGCUUCAUCCACAGAGGAACUGGAGCAGUGUUGUUAUUGUCUACAGACGUUUCCGUUAAGCGAGCUUAUCAACCAUGCACAGAACUGUGAUCAAAAAGCAAUCUCUGGCAGCCAGGUUUGAUGCAGUGUCUUAUUGUUAGAUUUUAUUAUUUGAAAGUGAUUUGUUUUGAUUUUUACCUUUCGUUAAUAAAAAAAGAAUGCACAAAUGUGCAGCAGAAAUAUCAGAUAUACUUAAUAUAAAGUGAUACUCAGUAGUUAGUAAAGAGCAUUAACCCAGAGCAAGCACCUCCCAACUAGGCCUAUGUCACGACGUUUUCACGGACCUGUCUAUUUUUAGAUACACUUUAGGGCGCUUUUUCCUGAGUCCAUGAGCGCAUUUGAAGUAUGAGAUAUCAAAAAAGAAAACUAAACGUCAUUCAAAAGUCACAAAUACCAUUUCGAGGACUGUAGUUUUUGGUGACUGAUUUGUGGGACUUAACAGAUAUUCUAAAUUCGCGCAAAAAUAGUUCUAAAAAUAAACUGGUCAGUGAAGACGCUGUGACACGGGUACAUGGAAGCUGCUCACUUCUGGUUAUGAGCUCCUACUGAAUUUCAAAGCCAUACUGUCUCUUACAGGAGAAUUCACGAGAUGGAGUCUCAUCUGGCAGCCAGUCAUCGAGCACAGAAUUACUUGAGAGAUGUAUGUAUUGUUUCAAAGACUUUCCAGUCAGCAAGCUGAUCCGCCACGCACAGAAAUGCGAUGGUGACAUGUCAGGACCUAGAGAGAGGUUUCAUGGUUUCUUGCCCUCUAUCCAUGAUGUAAGUGAAAAGUCAAAAAAAUAGAUGUGGUUAUAAUUUGCGUAAGGUAUCAAUCGCUUUGUAAAGUAAUCCGGAAUUCUUCGCUUUGGAAUGCGGAAUUCAGCUAAAGGAAUCCGGAAUCCCACUAACGAUUGCAAUCCGGAAUCCAGGUUCCACUACCAAAGAAUCCGGAAUCCAGAGAGUGGAAUCCAGAAUCCAAGUUCCACUUGCAAGGAAUCCGGAAUCCAGAGAGUGGAAUCCAGAAUCCAAGACUCUCUUGGUUUUCCUUACAUGGGGUGAUAUCAAUUUUUGUCACUGUACAUUAAGGGAAGGUGUUGGCAAGAUUCAUUGCUUCUUGGAAAUCCAGUCGAUAUCAACGCAAGUCCCAUAACACUGAUCGACCUGGCCUUUCUUAAUCUUAUUAUUUGUGUGGACUAUGGGGUCCUCUUGUUUUUCAAUAUGGUGGCCGAAGGGGAGAAACGGCAUAUUGGAAAACGUUGAGACCUGGGGUCGAAUUUGUGAAUAUGUAGUCAUGGUUUUUUUUGGUAAAUAACACAGAUCUUUACUCACGUAUUGUUUUGUUUCGAUUCAGUUACUUCACAGCAUAAAAACAAACUCUCCCUGGGAUGGACUUUUAUCCCUUAUAAAGGGAAAAGUAGUGAUAUCCAGUCAAUUCAUCUAAAUUUUUGCUUAACCCGGCUCCCGCCUUGAGGAAUUGAAAUAAAACAAAUUCUUUCCUUUCCUAUCUUAAUCUAAGCAGUCUUUACCUAGUUUUUCUUGUUUAGUUUUGUUCUUUAUGGGGUUUAUAAAUGACCAUUGAUAUUGUUUUCAGUUGAGUGCUAUUUCAUCAGUCGCCAUAUUAAAUGACACUCAACGAGCCGCUUUACAGUACGUCAUCACCCGCUCAGCUACAGAAUCCAAGAAAGUUUCCUCUGGUUUACUUACACGUGUUCAACGCCUGGGUUACAGUGAGAACGACUUAAAAAGGUUUGUGUACAGCUAAAUGUAUAAGUGUUUUCCAAGUCUGAAAUUAAAAAUUAAAGAAGGUCGUUGUCCAUUAGGGACCAAAUGAAAUGUCUCAGUAAGAAUUUCGAAAAAAGAGCAAAUGGUAAUGAAAUACUCUGGGAAAAGUUUUAAAAUAUCUGAACACCCUUCAAUUCCAAACAACCAAACCAUUCAAUCGUACGGACAGUUGUGGAAAGAAAGUUUUUAAAAGUUUGGUUUGCCUCGAGGUUAUUCCGGUUUUCUCCAAUAAAUCAGGAUAGCCAAUAGAAGUUGUGGAAUUGGAAGUAAUAUUCUCCAGUGGAUCAAGUCCAAUAUCUCUGUACUUGAUAAUGUUAUGUUUAGGCUAGGACAGCCAGUUUAUCCCAGUUUAUCAGGAGGUAGACCAGCCAGGUUCUCUCAUCAAGGAAAGCAAAUAGUGAUAACGUUGCCCCCUUGAUUAACUGAUGCUUUUACUGAGAUGUUGUUCGUGAGACGUAAAUCGUCUCGAUUGUUCCUUGGUUUGCCGUUAUUACCGUUUCCCUCCUAAUUAACACGCUUGGAGAAAGUCUUUUCAUCCCUUUUGGAUUUGGGGCUUAGAAAGGCUGGAGUCUUAUUUCAUGAUAAUUUUUCUUUAUUCAUGUUAAGUGGGAGAAUGUAAUCUCGUACCCAGAUCUCCCGCGGAGUGAGAUCUGGGUACGAGAUUAAGGAGAAUCUGGACAUGGUUGCCGAAGAACGUUAACAACGGACAUGGGCUCUUGCACUAAAUUUUUGUUUAUUGUUUAUUGUCUUUUACUCAGGACCUUACAAUGGGUGCGCAGUGCCGCUCCUAUCAUCAUCCACAUCAACCUUGACAAAGUUUUGCAUUUUCUAGUUAAAGACACGCAUUAUCGCAACCAGUUUGAGACUGGAACAAGCGGUGGUUCCACUGAUCUUAAAGCUAGAAAAUCUUGGGAGGUGAGAACUGAAACCAUGAAAAACGUAAAACUAUGCAUACAAUAGGCGGCCUGUUGCUGAAAAAGUCGUUAGGUCAUACAUUAGAGAGCUUUAGAUUCGAGGACGAGGACGACAUUUAAUGCUAAGUUUUCUUGUCUAUUUUUUCUAAAAAUAGACAGCCCGCAAAGCUUCAUUGUACUUUUUUUCACCAUAAAAGUUGGCACGCUUAUUUCCAUUGAAAGAGGCAAAACCCUCUCCCGACAGCUAAAUGAUAAUAUUUCUAACAUUUGAUAACUUGUUUUUGCCACUACGACUUUCUCGCUAAAACUCGUAGUAGACUGACGACCGCUACCAAAUUUUCCCGCCAAAAUGACGUUGGUUUGCGCGCACGCUACUUAGAAUUGGGAAAAACUCGGUGCUGUUACAGCUGAAAUAUCGACCAUCUCUUUUCCUCGACCGAUCAUACAAAAUCAGACCAUAAGUUUGUGAUUCGUGGCUGCAACCAUAUUCCGUCCUCGCAACAGCUUUUUGGGAACGUAACGCAAACGAAACUUUUGCUGUCCUUUAUCCUAAUGGCAAUCGCUGCAGCACGUGACGUGCACGGAGCUUUUUGAUAAACAUGCAACGAAGAAAAGGACAAAACAUAAGUAAGCAACGUGAAUAACCGGGUCAUAAACGCGGCCCGGUUUUAGCCCAUUUUGUGAGCGUCGGUCUGUCAAGAGGGAGGUUGCGGGUUGAAAAAAGUUAGCAAGAUCAUGCUGGUUAUAAUCUAAGAUUUUUGUUUCCAAGUUCUGAUGAUCGGGUCAUGAGGCUGUGAUCCUUCCAAAUCAAUUAGAAGGGGACACAAAAAGUCUCGCACUGCUGUACGAAAAGAGUAGGGGACGCAAACCCCGAGGGUUUUCUCUUGUAGGGGGAAGGGGAGGGGCGGUAACGGGCCCGCAGUAAUUGGCGUCACACGGUUGCGGUUACCCUGCCCUGUUACUAUUGUAUGAUUAUGGUCAUAAAAGUAUUUUUUUUAUUUAUUACAUCUUAUUAUUUUUCACUGAUUAUCUUAACCUCUCCAUUUCUCCUUAGGAUCGAAUAUUUAACAAUCAUUACAAGCGUAGCAGCCCCUUGGAACGUGUCAAAUAUGGCGUGCUAAACAUAGGUACCAACGUGCGUGCUCCUUUUAACUCACUGACGGAAAUCCAUGCUAGUGUUAUUUUAAUAUGUCAGUUCUCAUUUUUCUUCUUACACCCUUUUCUUUUCCCCUUCUAUCACACACGUUAAAACGAUUGACAGCAGCAAUAAAUUUCCAAGGAGGAUACCUCUUAUUUUGCGCCGUCUUGCUUUUUUUUCAUUGACUUUCAGUUUUUCGUUGUUUAUGUUCAGUUUGCAACUGGUUUACUCGCCUUGUCGUUCCAGGCCUAAAGGAAAGGAAUAGCAUCAUUUUCAAAAAUUGUUCUUUUAAAACUCUUCUUUGUUACUCAUGAAAGUUUAACUGUCUAGUCGAAUCGAUGUAGCUUUGACUUUACUGUAACACAUACAGCGCCGAGGGAGGUAAUUAGACGUUGAAUCGACUGAGCCGUCAUGAUCAUUCCUCACAGUUUACAUACUGCUAUAUUUUUACUGAACUUGCGUCUUUACUAUCUUGUUUUUUUUUUCUAGUUGGUGAUCCCCUUGGUGUACGAAGCUGUAUUAAUUACGGCGAUUCCUUUCUUCAGGUAAGUCGAAUUUUCAAUUUCACUUUUCAUAGUUUAAAUUACGCCGCGGAUAUGUUUUAUUCUACCAAGUUUGACUGAUCGUGAGUCAAAUCGAACUGUCAAUCUUUCUUAGCUACUACUUUUUCCCUUAUUUUCAGCUAAAGAAAGUUCGUCUUCGUACAACGUUCGCCUCAAUGGAUACUUCAGGAAGUGGAGUAAAGUUAUCGUGCUGUGAACAUUAUGAAAAUGUCAUGUACGCGUACAGCGACCCCGAGAUUACCGCGGUACAACAAAUAAUAACAUUUAUAAUAACAAUGGCACAAUUUUGGAGGUGUGACGAUGGUGAUAAUGGGAUUGAAGAGUCAGUUUAUUAGUAAUGGUAACAGGACUGAGUGGAGUCCAAUUCGGUCUGUAAUCAUACGAGUGAUUAACAAAAUCGGACGACCGGGUAGCGGGAGUCCGAUUUGUUUAAUCACGACUAUGAUUACAGACCGAAUUGGACGACAUGAAGUUCUGUUACCAAUUAAUCAUAACUUUAACAAAAUUUGCGAUAUAUAGGGCUCUUUUUAAUUAAAUCAAAACACAAGAAAUUCCAAGAUUUUUUCGCUAGCAAUGAAAAAAAAAAGCCAUUUAAGCGCGCGCGUGAUGGCGCGUACUGUCCAAUUAUUUAGGCAUGACGCGUACUGUCCUAUUAAGGCUGAAAUCAGGGCAGUUGAGAACCAAUCAGAUUUCAGAAUUUUGUUAUAGUUAUGAUUAUGGGAUAAACAACACGAGAGUCACAUAUGCAGAAAGAGUGCAUGGAGGUUAGGAAAAAUCUCAAGUUUGGUGUCGAUCGGGCCAAUAUUGAACAAGAUACAAGUAUUUAAAAACUUGAAAAUUUAUGAGAAAUGUAUGUGUACACGCACCCUCCCCCCUGCCCGCCGACCAAAAAAACGGAGCUGCUUUUCCCAGGUUUUUCUUUUGUCGAGGGUUCGAGAGUAGGUUGCUGCUAUACUUAGGCCAUGGAUUGCCGGACACAUGCACCUUCCGGACGUCUACACAUUUGUUACAUGUAGUAAAUUUUGAAGGUUUUGAAUGGCUGUAUCUCGUUCAAUAUUGGCCCGAUAAACACCAACCUUGAGAAUGUUGCUAAUUUCAAUGUGGUCUUUCUGACUACAUGGGUCCUGUGUUGUUUAUCCCAUUAACCUCACGAUGCAAAAGUAUUCCUUAUAGAGGCUCUUGACCAGUGUUUGUUUUCAUCCGUUUUGAGUGUCAUUCCUUGUUUCUAAAUCAAGCCUCUCUCUUUCUACUUUUUUAGAUCAUUGAUGUUGCCACGGGAAAGGUUCCUUUUCAUCGAUCAGAUUGCAUCUCGCAUUACAAAGAGGUAAGACAUUAAGGAAGUAAACUUGCGUCGAACUCCACCCCACCCCGCUCCCUCGACCAGAUUCUUUGGGUUAUUGCUAAUCAGAGACGCAUCCCAGAUUCGUAGUACUGAGAUCUAUAUAGUUUUCUAAAAGGCAAUGGCAUCAGGAAGCGAGAUGAUAAACAGUGACGAGCUUAUCAACAAAAUCGCCCUUAUUUGGUUCUCCACAGUCUCCCGAAAUACUCUAUUCCCGCAUUCAAUUUUCGUUCUCGACAACGGACAGGCCGGGCCAAGUACCAAAUGCGUUUGGAUAUAUAUAUAGUAACAUUAAAAAUUAUGUAACUUGACCUCAGGUUCAGAUCCAUGGACCCGUGAGCCUAUCAGAAAAUGUCGAAUGUAUUGUAGUGAACGCUCGCCACCAAGCAGACACGCGGAUAGGGAGCCUCCUGGACCUCUUUGUGGAGCAAAACAAAUGUAACCUUAUUUGGAUGGACCCUGAUGACCUCACUGGGGUAGCACCUACUCCACAUGGUGCCUUUGGACAUCAUUUGAGCGCUGGAUCACUCUCCGGUUCUCUUGGAAGGAGAAGAUCUUUAGGACGCACAACAACUCGUAAACGGCGGAAGCGAUGACGUCUGGGCCUUAACCUGGGCCGUACAAAAUUAGACUAAAUUUCUGCGAGACUCUGAUUUUCAGAAAGACAGGUUGCCAC